AUGGAUAUUCCUUUUGAGAGCUUCGCAAAGCUAGUUUAUCAUCUUGGUAAUCCACCCAGAUCCAAGCAGACAAAUACAAAACCCUCUGUUCCAUUAUCUCCAAAUAAGAUCUUCAAAUCGUGGUUAAAUCACUUACCGAAGCCAUUCGCUCAAGGAGCAGGCAAACACUUGUUUCGACUUCUAUUUCCACAUGAAGGAUCCAGCAGAAGGUAUGGGCUCAAAGAGAAUAAACUUGCUCAGGAGCUGGAAAGAUGUUUGGGAUUGAGAGGAUUGACAAGAUGGGAUUGUGUUUCUUGGGAUCAAGGUGAAAGUGGUACAGGUUGUUUGGGAAGAGAGGUUGAAAUCUUAAUGAGAGAUAGAAAUUCCUCAGAUCAAAAAUCGACCCUGUCAAUCCGCCAACUCGAUGCAUUGCUUGAUGAAUUAGCUGCUCCUUCACCUUUCUCCCAGUUAUCUCAGUUGCCAUCACCAUGUCGUUCACCUCAAUCUAUCCUGUCAAUACUCUAUCGAGAGUCCAACAUGACUCCUUAUGCAUUGGCAGUCUUGACUCAAGUCAUUUUGAGGGAUUUAAGACCGUUACUUAAUCCAUUACCUAGACUACCAGUAAGAAAUCCAACUACUAUGUUACGGAUGAAAACGACUAUUCGACCGGAUCAAUUAACUUUGAGAGAAGCAAUGAUCCAUUGGAAUAAAAGGAUGUGGGAAUUCUACAAUGGUGGAAGGGGUGAUUUGGAUGAAUGCGCGGAUCUAGUAGAAUCAUUGGAUCAAGGCAGUUGGAAAGAAAUUAUCAUUGCUGGUCCUGUUAUCGGCACUAAUGUCCGGAUACCGAAAUGCAAAAAAGGACGUUCAAUAUCAGAUGCUUUGAACGAGUUCACGGGAACGAAAUACGCUCCUCCAGCUGAAGAGAUUUGGGCAGAAACGAAAUAUGACGGUUAUCGUCUUCAAAUUCAUGUCGAGUUCAACAAAGGUCGAGCAAAGGUUACAGUGUUCAGUAAAUCUACAAGGGAUAGUUCAAAAGACAGACUGAAUAUGCAUUCGAUCGUAUUGGCAUCAUUGGAGAUGCCUGUCCCAUCUCAUCUUCCUAUACAUCCUACACUCAUGCAGCGAUUGAAUGACGCACCUAAGCGUCAAAAGAGUAACAGUAUCACCUCUGUGAUCCUUGAAGCUGAGGUGGUACCGUAUAAUGAGUCGUCAAGGGAAGGAGGAAGAGGUCCGGGUAUAGAAGAGUUCUGGUGGCUUGGUGACGCUGGUGUGACAGCUUCUGCAUUCUUUCCCAGAAGACAACAUCGUCACUUGUGUUUGGUUUUUUUCGACGUCUUGUUGUUGGACGGUCAGAGUAUGUUGCAUCGAAGGUAUGAAGAUAGAAGAGCGAUACUGGAACAGGUUGUAAAGCCAGUACAAGGAUUCUCGAUGCUGUCGGAAAGAAAACGCAUAGACUUGGGAAGUAAUAGACAUUCCGCAUUAAAAAUCUUGGAAGAUGCAUUCCAGCGUAGUAGCGAGCGGCGAGAAGAGGGACUGGUACUCAAGGCUUCUUCCUCCACAUAUACGAAUAUGAAAUGGCAAUGGGUUAAAUUGAAAAAAGACUACAUACCUAAUCUAGGAGAUUGUAUCGACCUUGUAUUGCUGGGUGCUGGAUGGGAUAUUGAUCGAGCAAGGGAUUUACGAGUGGAUACUUCGGUAUUCACAACAUUCUAUCUUGGUGUCUUGACAAAUUCUGCAAGAGUAACAAGCCACCGUGAAACACCUCAUUUCGAGAUAUUGUUCAGAGUAUCCUAUGGACCUGAUCGUGCUCAACUGGAAUACUACAACGAAUGUAUAAGGCACGGUAGAUGGUCUAGUAAACCUUUCGACAAAGAUGAUCCAUUCAAACGAAGAUUACUAGGUCUAUCGUGGAAUUAUACUUUGCAGAAAGGGAUGAUACCGCCUUCGGUGUUAUUUGAGAAACCAAUGUGUGCUGAAGUGAUGGGUGCCGGAUUUCAGAAACUUCCGGAAUCGAAUUACUUUGAGGUUCGUUGGCCGAGAUUACAGAAGAUAUUCGAACCGUCUGAGCGAACUUGGGUGGAUGCGCUCUCAUCAUCUGAUUUGAUUCGCACUGCACACCAUUCGUUGGGGUAUGAAAUGAACAAUCCACUUUCCCCAUAUUCUCCUCCAUCUGCAGAAGAUUCAAUUCGUGCAUUGUGGAGAUCUCAUUCAACUAUCAACUUGAUCGAUAUUCCAAUACUUGUUUCUCCUAAAUCACCAAGAUCACCCAAAAGAAACAAAUCAGAAUCUAACCUGAUUCUGCUUGCGAGAAACUCACCUCUGACUCCGAUUGGUAAUGAUGAAGCUAAUAAUCAUGCUUCAAGAGGAGAGAGUGGAAGGAGAUUGAGAGAGAUGAUGAGUGAAAAUGAAGGACUAGACCUGCAAGAACAUGUCAAUACACCUCGACGCAACUUUGACUUUGGACCUGCUCUACCUCCUCUCCCAUUGAACCCAGAUCGGACGGACGACCCAUCACCUAGGACUCAAAGUAGAAGGGAAGUCCAAGAUCCAUGCCCUUCGACGCCACCUGCUAGAUCAGCAGCACUCGUGGUUCCAAUACCCCAAAUUCAGUUCAUCCCAACCAGAAUAUCCCCUCGCAAAGUAACGUCACCGGUAAAACGAUUAAUAUCAUCUAUCGAUUGGUCAACCAUCGACCUAAAGAACCAGAGUACUCCUAACAAGAAGAAAAAGAAGGUUGAGAGGAAACGUUUUAAUAAACCACUUUCAUUAAAGUCCAGACUGAAAUUGGCAACUAGACGAAUUGGUGUGAAAGGCUGA